UUACUGCAGCUUGUUAUCAUAUCUGCAGCAUCGCCAUCGCCAUUCUGUGCACGGAGCUCGGUUUGCCCUUCUUCUUCUUCACCAUCCCACCACCACCACCACCUUCUCUUGGUUAUCUAUUUAUUUAUCUAUCUGUGGCUCCUGAUGUCUCUUCUUAUCCUCUCUCUCUCUACCGCCCCAUUUUUUUCUGGUGCAGUAUCCAGGACUUAAGUUUGUUAAUGCUGAGUUGGUCUAUUUCUGUUCGGGAGAGUUGUAGUUUCCUUGGGAGAGGAGAGGAGAGGAGAGAAGCUGUCUGACUGUCUGCCUGGGUUCACUUUUAAUUUCUUUUUGAAUAUCGGCAUUUUAAUCACUGUGAGAUUCCCGACGGAGUUAUUUUUCUCUUUGGGAGCUAGACACUGCAGCCUAUUUUUGAAGUUGGUGCUGAUUACAAGGAAUCAUACCUGGGCGUGGGAUCACUUAAAUUUUUUUUCCAUUGGUUCUUUUACUGCAAGCAUAUCUUGAAUUUUCCCAGAAUUAAUUCUCAGGCACCAUGGAUGAUGAGUGGGAUGCCGACGAUUUUGUUCCCUUGCCCCCAGUGUCGGCCAAGGAUGAACCCAAGACUACGAGUCAAUGGGACGAUGAAGACGUAGAAGACGAGCUCAAGGAAGAGGCGAAGCCCGAACCUGUGAUUGCACCCAAACCCAAGAAGAAGUUCAAGAAGAAUAUUGAUGACGAGGGGGAUUUGUCGGACCCAAUUGCGGAAAAGCUUCGUCAACAGAGGUUAGUUGAGGAAGCGGAUUAUCAAAACACAUCUGAGCUUUUCGGAGACAAGUCAAGGACUGGUCAUAGUUUAGAGUAUUUCAUUCCCAAGUCUGAAGAGGAUUUUCUCGAUUAUGCGGAACUAAUUGCUCAAAAGAUAAGGCCAUUUGAGAAAAGUUUCCAUUACAUGACACUUCUCAGAGCAUUGCUGCGGCAUUCAGUUGCAGCUGUGAAAGCUUCUGAUGCGAAGGAGUUCGCUUCAAGUAUGACUGUUAUUGCCAAUGAGAAGUUGAAAGCUGAGAAGGAUGCUACUGCAGGAAAGAAGAAGACAGGUGCAAAAAAAAAGCAGCUUAUGGUUGACAAACCAGAUGAUGAUGGAUUGGGUGGUGGCUCUUAUGAUCCAAUAGAUGACUACGAUUUCAUGUAAUGGAGAUGGGAGAUCCUUUCACGUAGCCAAUUCAGACUCUGAAGUCACGUUGAGUAGUGUAGUUGAAGGCAGUAUUUGCUUAAGACAAACACGUCGCUGUUAAAAACGUCGUCUAGAUUCAGCAAUUUGUUUGGUAUUGCACGCCGGGAUGCGUGUCUGCUGUUGAUCUGUAACCAAGAUAAUCGUUGCUGUUAGGGUAGAAUUUCUCUCCUUUUUUGUUUUAAGUGCAAUUUUGAAGUCAUUGAGGCUUUUCUAUCCUAUUUGUGAACGAAUAGUAACUAUCUACUGGGAAUUGUCCCGUUGAAACGUGAUGUUGCUAACAAUUUGUUACCAUGGGAAAGAAAUGGCUUGGUAAUUUGGACUGGUAA